AUGCCCAAGUUCGUGAGGCGUCAACCGCUGACCGAUCGCAUUGCGGCCUACCUCAACCCCUACGAUUUCUUACUGUGGCUGUCGGAAGAGAUUGAAUCUCGUGGCUAUGAUCAGCUUGAGAAGGAGUGGGCGAUACCAGUCGGCUUCACUUUCAAUCUGAUCCUUCUUAUUGCAAGAGCAAACACCUCAGUGCGCUCCAGCAGCUACGACGAUGUGUUUGGCGACGGAAAUAGUUUUGGCUGGCGAUCAUGGCUGGCCACUUUCAUUGUACACUGUUUGACACUCAUUUCCGUGGUCAAUGCUGCGUACACGUUUUGGCGCAGAAAGACCUACCGUCUGUUCGAGAACGAUAUCGACAAUGUCCCCAAUACUCCCUCAGCCCGAAGAGUGCGACUCGAUUCCGAAUCUUCGCCGGUCGCUUCAUCGCCUCUCAGAUUCAUGGCCAACAUCCUUGGAACGGAGACCGCACGAGCACGAGCGCACCCAGAUGCUAAGAAAGAUGUCUGGGAAAUCGCUGUUUGGGAUCCGCUUCCCAUCUGCCUGCGCCUAUUCUGCUACUUCAGUCCCGGCCAUGUCUUCGUAUAUUGGCUGUUCCUCCCGACACUGGCCACGGAACCCAGACCGAGCCUCAAAGUCUUCACGGCGGUGGCUUUGGCUGUACUUCUUUCCUUACAACUAUCCGUUCUUCAGACAUUCUUCUCCCAGCAAGCGAAAGAUUCGGCGUUCAUCUCGAAAGAGGUCCUCCAUGAGUACGACACCAAGUACGUCCGACCACGAACACAACCACUGUAUCGCGAUGUUGGGAUCCAGUUUCAUGAGCAAGCGAGGUCUUCUGAUACUCGAGAUGCGCGAUACAAUGUCGUCCAAACCUACACACCAAUGGUCAACAUCAACCGGGGCUUCAAAAUCAGUCCUAAUCCAAAUUACAUCUCACAUCCAGAACUACAAGGCACGAGCGCCGAUGAAGUCAAGCAGCGGACGCAUACCUCUGAGUUUGUUACGCCAGCUCAGAACCGUGCCACAAGCCCCGGCAAGCCUCUCACGGCUGUUCGCCAACCAAAUUUCAGACCGGCAUCUCAGGGUGGUGAUGGGGGAAGUCUGGGCGUAUACUCUCAUGCCGCCUCGCCGUUGAAGAAGAGUGCCUCCACGAAUUUCACUCCCGUUGCCCAAGGUGGACGGAGCAGUCUGAGCCCCGAGAAGCGCAUUGCCAGUCCUGGCAAACGAAUGAGCGUGCCUCCUGGUGGCUUGAACUCUUAUUUAGCCCAGCAACGUAUGACUCAUCUUCAAUCAAGCGGCGGUCGACGUGAGAGCGGCCGAUUCUAG